AUGGCAAUCUCUCUGGCUCACGCUCAGUUUGGUGAAGGAACAGGAGACAUCUGGCUUGAUGAUGUGGCCUGUUCAGGAAGUGAAAGUUCUCUAACCGAGUGUCAGCACAGAGGAUUUGGGACGCACAACUGUGGACAUCAUCAGGAUGCUGGUGUCAUCUGUUCAGGAAUCAGAUUAGCUGGGUCUCAGUCCCCGUCCUCUGGAAGAGUUGAAAUCUAUCACAACAACAGCUGGGGAACAGUCUGUGAUGAUGGCUGGGACAUAAAUGAUGCUCAGGUGGUCUGCAGACAGUUAGUCUAUGGGACAGCUCUGGCAGCUCCUAAAGAGGCUCAUUUUGGUGAAGGAAGUGGACCAGUCUGGUUUGAUGAUGUGGCCUGUUUGGGAAAUGAAAGAUCUAUAACCCAGUGUCAGCUUGGAGAAUUCGGGAGCAGCUGUAGACACCAUAAAGAUGCUGGUGUCAUAUGCUCAGGUGUAGCCAUCAGAUUAGCUGGUUCUGGGUCCACUCAAUGCUCUGGAAGAGUCGAAAUCGCCUACAAGAAAAGAUGGGGAACAGUCUGUGAUCAUAACUGGGACAUAAAUGAUGCUGAGGUGGUCUGCAGAGAGUUAAACUGUGGAACAGCCCUGAAUGCCACUCGAUCUGCUCACUUUAGUGAAGGAACAGGAGAAAUCUGGCUGGAUGAUGUGUCCUGUUCAGGAAGUGAGAGAUCUCUGAAUGAGUGUCAGCACAGAGGAUUUGGGAGACACAGCUGUACACACAGUAAGGAUGCUGGUGUCAUCUGUUCAGAGAGCUGGGCUGCUGUAUCAGCCAGCUUUGGUGAGGGAAGUGGAUCCAUCUGGCUUGGUGAUGUGUCCUGUUCAGGAAGUGAGAGAUCUCUGACUGAGUGUCAGCACAGAGGAUUUGGGACACAUGACUGUACACACAGUCAGGAUGCUGGUGUUGUCUGCUCAGGUGUGCCAGUCAGAUUAUCUGGAAGCACUUUGUGCUCUGGAAGAGUCGAAAUCUUUUACAACCACACUUGGGGAACAGUCUGUGAUGAUAACUGGGACAUGAAUGAUGCUGAGGUGGUUUGCAGAGAGCUCGGCUGUGGAACGGCACAGAGUGCUGCUGUAUCAGCCCGCUUUGGUGAGGGAAGUGGAUCCAUCUGGCUUGAUGAUGUGUCCUGUUCAGGAAGUGAGAGAUCUCUGACUGAGUGUCAGCACAGAGGAUUUGGGACACAUGACUGUACACACAGUAAAGACGCCGGUGUUGUCUGCUCAGUGAUCCUCCCAAAGCCCAGAAUCUUCAUGAUUCCUGCUGGUAAAGUUGAGCGGAGAAGUGAUGUCAGCAUCACUUGUUCAAUAUCACCUCAAAGCCAACAGCUUCUACAAGGAGAAUUUACUCUGAAGCAGAUUUCAGGCUCAUUCAAUCAGAAAAAAACAACAACUACCAACUCUGCUACAUUCAAGAUGCUCAAAGUAGAUUUUGACAAGGAUGGAUUGUACCAGUGUGAAUAUUCACACGACUCCAGCAUCUCCACAAGUGACUCUGUCACCGUCUCUGUAACUGUGUCGCUGCAACAGCCCAGCAUCUCUGUGACAUCUCCAAAUGGAGGACUGGCUGAGGUUCCUGAAGGUAGAGAAAUCAUGAAGGGCUACAGCUUCAUCUUCACCUGCUCAAACAAUGAACACUAUUCAGGAGGAGUUUUCAAUCUCAUCUACUCUGGCUCCAACAUGAAACGCAUGAAACACACCAAGACAUCUGUCAACAACUCAGCCUCCUUUAGUUUCCCUGUAGCUGACUUUGAACACGAGGGCCGCUACAACUGUGUGUACGAGAUAACUCUGACAGAAGGAACAUUCACUUCUCCUGAGACAGAGUGGAUUAAUAUCUCCGUUAUAUAUUCAAGAACUCCAAUCCUGAGAUAUGUUCUCCUUCCUCUGGUUCUGCUUUUGGAGAACAUUGCCCUUCAUUUCUACUAUAAGGUCAUCAAAAAGCAGAAAUCAGACAAAAAGAAGAACGAUGAGACGGAUGUUUCCAGAGAUGAAGAAGUGGAGGCCGAGGAGGAAACAGUCCAAGAAAUAGAAUAGAAUUGAAACACAUAGAAACACACACAAGUUUAAAAUCCACUAUCUGAUUUUAUCUAUAUCUAUCUCUUUCUAGAUAUGCAUAUAGAUAUGUAUUAGUCCACAUAUACUCCCUCUCUCUUUUUUUUCAUCUUUCUCUGAUUCUAAAAGUGAAGUUUUUACAGAUUCAGUAUUUUUUUUCCCUCAAUAACCUCUAUCUUUUGCUAGCUUACAGAAUAUGUGUCAGUCUGUGAUGUCUUUGUACUCUUGAGUGUUUGAAAUUAUUUGCCAUUUAAAAAAACAAGUUCCCUUAUUUAUAGCCUCCUAUCCUGUUGCACUACCAGCAGGAAUGUAUGACAGUGAUGAGAAGGAGAAGUAUGCAGCCGGAGCCAGGGGGGAUUAAACGAAUGACAUCACCCAACAGUUUUUAGCUUGUAUAUCUCAGUGUGAUUUGCAGGGAAGACAUGACAGGAGUCAGAAACUACAGCUGAUGAACAGUGUCUGAAAGUCAUGUCAUUAAGAAAUAGCGAAUAUAAGGAAAACAGGGGCGACUCAAGACUCACAUCCAUGCAGCUUAUAACUUAAAAUAU